CACGCGACCAAUCCUGGUUAAAAAGGAAGUGUGGUUCAAGGGUAGCUAGUCAUUUUCUUCCUUUUUUAGUUUUGGUUCUGAAAAAUCUGCAUCACUAGUCUUAAAAUGGAGAAUGAAAGGGUAGAUGAGGCCACGCAGAGAAGAAAAAGCGGGGGAAGUGAGGGAGACGAAGUCAACUCUGACCGAAAGCGACUGAAAACAGAAAAUGACAGUGGGAGGUCCUGUCUGGAUCAGCCGAUGGAUUUGAGGAGUGUGUACGAAGUUGUGAAGUACGAACCGUCACAUCUGCCAGCCAAAUAUUAUGACACGGACACCACCGAGCCGGUAAGCUACAGCCUGAAGUCGUUGGACGAGCUGCUGUCAUGGAAACGGAGCGAGGCCCACCCAUUCAACGUGGCCACGGUGCCGUUAGCCAGCCGCCAGCCUGCGUUGACCAGCGGCCAGCGCAAGACCCUGGUGUCACAUGACAUGAUGGGCGGAUACCUGGAUGACAGGUUUGUGCAAGGGGCGGAGUCAGAGACGCCGUACGCCUUCUACCACUGGCAGUACAUCGACAUCUUCAACUACUUCAGCCACAGCAUGGUGACCGUCCCGCCCGUCGUCUGGACCAACGCUGCCCACAGGCACGGCGUCCUCGUUCUCGGAACCUUCAUCACGGAGUGGACGGACGGCGGUAAGAUGUGCGAGCUGUUCCUGGCGGAGGAGGAGUCUUACCGCGCCGCCGCGGAUAAGCUGGUUCAGAUCGCGCACUGCUACGGCUUCGACGGCUGGCUCAUCAACAUCGAGAACCCGCUGAGCGCAAACGCGGUGAAGAACACGCCCCUUUUCCUGCGGUACCUGACGGACCAGAUGCACGAGCGCGUGGCUAGGAGCCGGGUGCUGUGGUACGACAGCGUGCUGGAGAAUGGCGACCUCCGGUGGCAGAACGAGCUCAACGACAGGAACAGAGUGUUUUUCCAGGCGUGCGACGGCAUUUUCACCAACUACAACUGGACGGAGCAGAGCCUGGAGGGGAUGGGCUUGUACCCCGAGGCUCAGGGCCGCCUGGGGGACAUCUACGUGGGCGUGGACGUGUUCGCCCGGGGGGAAGUGGUGGGGGGGAAGUUUGAGACCAACAAGGCCCUGGAGCUCAUUCGCAAGCACGGGCUCUCUGCCGCCAUCUUCGCGCCCGGCUGGGUGUACGAGACGAAGGACAGGAAGGAGUUCCGGGUGAACCAGGACAGGUUCUGGAGCCUGCUGUCUGAAUUCCUGUAUGUUCAUCGCCCGUCCUCCCACCUCCCUUUCGUCUCGUCCUUCUGCCAGGGGUUUGGCGAGAAUUUCUUCUGGAAGGGGAAGGCGGAGAGCGCCACCUCCUGGUUCAACCUGAGCGCGCAGGAGCCGCAGCCGCUGUACCUGAGCGAGACUCUGGAGGGGUCGGGCAGCCUGAGGACGCGCGGCUGUCCCGCAGAGGCCUGGAGCGGCGGCUCCGCCCUGCUGCUGGAGGGCGUGGUCCCGCCCACGCUGUCCAAAGUGUGCGCCAGGAUAUUCUCUGUCCACAUUCCGCUGGCCUCCAGGACGCUCGUCUCCUUCAUCUACAAGUCCUCUGAGGGAGUCACAGUCGGGCUGGAGCUGAAGACCACCGACGCGGCGCUCUGCUCCUACGAGGGAGUCCAGGACGUCCCGCACACCAGUGUGCAGCCCAGGGUUCUGGAGGGGGACCAUGAGCUGGUUCGGCGUUUCACAGAGAACUGCGGGGUGUGGAGGCCGGACGGCUGGACUGUGAGGUGCUUCCUGUUGGAGCUGAAAGGCUGUGCCCUGCGGGACGUCUGUGUGAACGUGAGCCGGGAGGAGGGGGACCAGGACGUCCCCUUCAGCUGCAGGAUCGGCGAGAUCAUGGUGAUGGAUGCAGAGAGCCUGACGGUGCCCCCCCUCUCUGUGGAAGACAUCUGCCUGUCGGACAUCCUGUGGCGGAGGGGCGUGGGGCGCGGGCCGGGCACCCAGGACCGGCUGCACCUGAACGGCACGCUGCGCUGGCGCUACCCCGCGCAGCUGGUGCGCCACUUCCGCCUGCACUGGCGCCGGCUGCGGGGGCCCGAGCCGCACUCGCCCCCCGGCCCCCUCACCCUGAUUGGACGCUCGUACUCCUCGCUGUUCCGGGUGUGUGAGCUGGCGGUGCCCGAGGCGCCCACCGUGCUGGAGCUGGUGGUGGAGCCCGUCACCCUCGAGGGCUUCGCCCUGCCCGAGUCGCACUGGGGCCGCAAGGUCCUCAGCUACGCCAGCGGGGGAGGGGUUUAGCUGCAUCCCCGCCCAGAAGGGGAGGGGUUUAGCUGCAGCCCCGCCCAGAAGGGGAGGGGUUUAGCUGCAGCCCCACCCAGAAGGGGAGGGGCUUAGCUGCAGCCCCACCCAGAAGGGGAGGGGUUUAGCUACAGUCCUGUCCCAGAAGGGAGGAGUUUAGCUACAACCCCACCCCAGAAGGGGAGGAGGUUAGCUGCAGUCCUGUCCCAGAAGGGGAGGAGUUUAGCUACAGUCCUGUCUCAGGAGGAGAGGGGUUAGCUGUAGCACUGCCCAGAAGGGGACGGGUUUGGCUAUGGCUGUGAUUGCCCCCCCCUCUUGUGCUAAGACUCUGGCAGACUGUUUAAAGAGCAGCCAGGGCUGUUCUGAUUAAAUGUGGUGCUUUUGAAUUGACCAUAACUGCUGCUUAAAAUGUUUGUGUUUAAAAGCUUUUUUUAUGAAUAAACAAUAUGCAGGUCACUAGCUUUUUUUAAUAAAAAAUAAAAAAAGGUCUUUGUUCACACUUUUAAUAGUGAAUGAAAUGUGACCAAAAUUUACAUUAGUCAGUGGACAAGAGUUAUCUAGAAAUUGCUUUAAAUCUUUUGUACUUUUAAGAAACCAUAUCUUCUUGCACAGAAGCGCUCUCCAGUACGUUGGGAAGUAUGACGGGCAGGCGGUAGUCACUGUGAAUCCUGCCUCAGAAAUAAAAACCCAGCUGAUUGGUUAAACUGUCAUUUUUCAUGCUGCUGACAGAUCUAGCCAAACAGUAUGGACAUCAGAAUGCUCCUGAUGAAGUCGUCCAAAGUUAGAUUUUGCCUGACUGUACAGUCAAAAAUCCCCCAACCUCACUGUGAUGUGAUGUUCUCUCAGUUCUUGUGAUUCUGUAGAACUGAAAAUCCACUGUGGCAAAUUUUGUUAAAUAUAGGAUGGUCUGAUGUUUAUCAACUCCUAGAAAACAGACAGAAAUCACACACACACCUUUGCCUUGCCUGUUAACAAGCCAAAAUGUUUUGAAAUCCUACCUGAGGAGAAACAGACAUAGACAUUACUGGUGCAGUACAUCAGACCAAACGUUUUCCUUGGGUUAAUGGUGGAAUCAUAGUGCGCUAGGUGCAUUUAUACGGGUAAGUGAAAAGGAGGGAGGAUGAGCUUUUAAGGUUAUUAAAAAAACAAACAAAAAAAACAGUACACCAGAUUUGGAUAUUCAGGAGUCUACAUUGGUGCUCUGAGCAAGAGACUAUCAUACCUUCUGACCAUAAAAUGCAUUGUGUGUAAGAUUUUCAACAAGAAACCUGCAAAUCAUUAAAGUCAUUUCAGAUAUGUAA